CUCAGUGAUUACCUCUCCGGCUCCUGAUCAUAGCCAUCACCUUCCCCUCCCCACACACGAGCUAAGCGCACACAGCAGCUGCCACAGAUCCACGCCAGGAAGGACUCCAUCGGCUUCUCCGCCUCACCUCCCCGCAGCAAGCAGAGCAGAGCAGAGCCGAGGCAGGCAGAGCAGGGGAUGAAGCACGUAGUGGGAAGCCCGGGAACAUGGAGCGGCAUGGCGCUGCGGCUGUCACAGUGCGUCUUCGCCGCCGCGUCCACCUUCUCCAUGGUCUCCGGCUUCGGCUACUCCAACUACAGCGCCUUCUUCUAUAUGAAUCUAGCGUUGAUCCUGCAGAUUAUGUGGAGUUUGGGCCUUGCUUGUAAGGAUAUCUUUGCUCUAAGGAAUAAAAAGGAUCUUCACACCCCGGAUAAUCUAUUUAUCAUUGUUGUGGUUGACUGGGUCGUGGCGGUUUUCAUGUUCUCAGCAGCCUGUGCCUCCGCGAGCCUGACAAUUUUCUUCAUGUGGGAUGUGCAAUUCUGCAAGACAUACUCGAAGCUGGCCUGCCGGCAGUUCGCUCUUUCGGUCGUCCUGGCGUUCAUCACGUGGUUGCUGCAAGCUGCUUCUUCUUUCUCCGGAUUCUGGCUACUGGUUUCGUUCUCCUAGUGAUCUCACGUGCUCAUAAUCGCCAUCACGUCAGGCUAAUUGUCAGUCAGGACUCAGGAGGGUAAAUCGGUUGAAAUGUGCUCGGGACACUUGCUAAUUUCAUCCCUUGUGGUGGAACAGUUACUGCUUGAUGAUGCGGGAUUCAUUAAUAUUAAGAGUAGUAUAUGAGAUAACUCGCCAUCGAAGGUACCUGAAAAAUGCCCUGGUUAUUGUGCAAUGGAAUUUUAUAUCUC